UUGCAGGCUAUAUGUUCAAGGCCUCUUGUGCCGAAAACAUAUUCUCACAACUUUAUUCUCCUCAAGUUUCAAGUUUCAACCAUGGGAGAAGAGAAUGCCAAGGCAAGCUACAGCUCCCUCAGCCCAAUGGACAAAAAGAAGGGAGGAUUUACUGCUUCCAGCUUCAUUUUUGUCUUGCUGGCAUUGGACAACAUGGGGUUUGUGGCAAACAUGGUGAGCAUGGUCCUCUACUUUAUGAUUGUGAUGAAAUUUGAUCUGGCACACUCUGCCAACACUCUCACAAACUUCAUGGGAUCAACUUUCUUGCUCUCCCUCACCGGCGGCUUCAUUUCUGAUACAUACUUGAGCAGGUUCACAACAUGUCUGAUUUUCGGCGCAGUCGAAAUACUGGCUUUGGUGCUGAUGACAAUUCAAGCUUAUUCAAAGGAUUUGCACCCAAAACCUGGUUGCAAGUCAAGUUGUGUGGAAGGCGGUAUGGCCUUUAUGCUCUAUGCAUCCUUGUGUUUGCUAGCAUUGGGAUCAGGUGGUGUGAGGGGAGCGCUGCCGGCACUUGGUGCAGACCAGUUUAACCGGAAAGAGGAAGCGAAAUCACUUGCAACAUUUUUCAAUGGGCUCAUGCUCAGUAGUACACUUGGAGCAACUAUUGGUGUCACAUUCAUUGUGUAUGUUAGCACCAAUGUAGCUUGGUAUUGGGGUUUCUUUAUCUCAACAAUUGCAACUUUUGUCGGGUUUGCUGUGCUUGCUAUUGGCAAGCCUUUCUACCGCCUCCAAAUCCCCGGAGACAGUCCCAUCAUAAGGAUCGUUCAGGUUAUCGUCGUUGCGAUAAAAAAUAGACGUUUACCACAGCCAGGGAGCCCUCAAGAACUGUAUGAGAUCAGUGAAAAAGAGUCAAAUUACUUUGAAGAAAAAAUUGCACAUACUCAUCAGUUCAGGUUUCUAGACAAAGCAGCCAUACUUGGCAAAGACACCAAGCCCCAACAAUGGGUGGUUUGCACAGUAACACAAGUGGAAGAAGUCAAGGUCCUAACAAGAAUGUUGCCCAUUCUGUUCAGCACCAUCAUAAUGAACACUUGUUUAGCACAACUCCAAACAUUCUCAGUCCAACAAGGGAACGCCAUGAACCGCUACUUGGGCUCUUUUGAGGUGCCGGCGCCAUCAAUUCCUGUCAUCCCUCUCCUUUUCAUGUCUAUUCUCAUCCCAAUCUAUGAGUUCUUCUUCGUUCCUUUUGCUAGAAAGAUCACAAACCAUCCUUCAGGCAUCACGCAGCUUCAACGCGUCGGUGUUGGACUAGUCCUAUCUGCAAUUUCAAUGGCUGUAGCCGGCAUUGUUGAAGUGAAGAGAAAAAACCAAGUCCACAAGGACAUAACAAAGCCCAUAAGUCUCUUUUGGCUUUCUUUCCAAUAUGCUAUCUUUGGAAUUGCUGACAUGUUCACUCUAGUUGGACUGCUAGAGUUUUUCUACAAGGAAGCACCAGCAGGCAUGAAAUCUCUCUCCACUUCAUUCACAUGGCUGUCACUUGCAUUUGGUUAUUUCUUGAGCUCCAUCUUUGUUGAUGUCAUAAAUGCUGUGACCAAAAGAAUUGCUCCAAGCAAACAAGGAUGGCUGCAUGGAAUUGACAUCAACAAAAACAAUGUGCACCUAUUUUACUGGUUCUUGGCCAUCCUUAGCUGCAUCAACUUUGCAAACUAUCUUUACUGGGCUUCAUGGUACAAAUACAAAACAGAUGAACCUGCUUCUAAGAUUCAGCUGAAGCCUUUGAACCAGAUCCCUCUUAUCAAUGGUGACCCAAGUACUCAAGACAGUGUAAUAAAGACUAAAGAAGAAAAGGUAACAGCUUUAUGAAGCCCAAAAAAUAAAGCAUAUAGUAACCAAGGGGUGGAAGCUCACUGAAGAACAAUGUGCUGAUGAGGGUACUGAGCUCUGAAAAGGUUGAAGAAGAGCUAGAGAUAAUUAAUGGGGUUUUACUGAUAUUUUAUAUUUUUAAUUUUUGGGCUCAGUCUCUCUUUGAUCUUAUUUUUGUGUGUGUUUGUAAUUGUAAGAUUGUUUUUGGGUUUGGGACUGAGAAUGUGUGGGGUAUAUUAUAUAGGGAUGCUUACCGGUUCUGAGUUGCUCACUACUCCUAGCUUGACGUGUUUUGAACUGUGAAUUUAAGGAUGUGUGGAUUGGGAUUGA